ACGGGUGAAAAGCACUUUCCUGCAAGUGCACUCAAACUUGUACAUGACACACUUGUAAUGUAAAUGCUAAAAAUCCUGCUACUACAGCUACCACUGUUAUUGUUCUUAAUAAGUAAUAUAGUAUCUAUUAUUAGUCUGGGAAAGCCAGCAAUUAUUUGCCUUUCAGCAGUUUCCUAUUGUCACUUUUUGCAAUUGCAAAUGCAGUUAUUACCGAUCAGCCUUAUUGAUACACUGUGCACUGUGUUGAGGCUCCCUGUGACAAAGCACAGUGUUGCACAGGGCUUCUGAACCCCCAGUGUCUGUGGGCUGAUAGGAACAGGUGCAUUGUGGGUCUCCGCUCUGCUGGAGCUGUGGGGGCCAUGCUGAUAUCACAGCCUAUAAAGAUCUAGUAGAGCAGCUGUUGUUCUGCUCCAUCUCCGUUGUCACUGUGUUCCUUGGGAUUUUCACCCGUAGUACCAGGGAUGAAGCACUGGGCCACGAUUUAUUGAACAGCAUGCAAGCGAUUGUCCGUGCGCUGAUUGGACGAGCGGCACUUCUCAUUGGAGGGAACAGUUACCGUUUCGCAUUGACUGAGCAGUUAGUGUUGACUCCCAUUAGCCAGGACCGUGACGAGGACCUGCCCGUGGGGGCCACCAUGUGCUCCCGGAUGACAGACAGGUUUGAUAAAAGACCCUCCGGCUCGUGCGCUGGGUACCGCAAGGCGGACGAUGAGAUGUCGAGGACCACGUCCCAGACGGAGCCCGCGGACGGAGCGGCCCGGAGCAUCGCGUUGAACCAGCCGCAGGCGACCAAGUUCUGCGACAACCAUGUGAGCACGACAAAGUACGGGAUCCUCACAUUCCUGCCACGCUUCCUCUACGAGCAGAUCCGGCGCGCGGCCAACGCCUUCUUCCUCUUCAUUGCUCUCAUGCAGCAAAUCCCAGAUGUGUCUCCAACGGGCCGUUACACCACCCUGGUACCGCUCAUCUUCAUCCUCACAGUGGCUGGCAUUAAGGAGAUCAUCGAGGACUAUAAGAGACACAAGGCAGACAACACAGUGAACAAGAAGAAGACAACAGUGCUGCGCAACGGCACGUGGCAGACGGUCAUUUGGAAACAGGUGGCAGUAGGAGACAUGGUGAAGGUGACCAAUGGUCAGCACCUCCCUGCAGACAUGGUCAUAGUGUCCUCCAGUGAACCACAGGCAAUGUGCUACAUUGAGACUUCGAAUCUGGAUGGAGAGACCAACCUUAAAAUCAGACAAGGCCUGCCCCUCACUGCAAAUCUGCAGUCCACUGAGGAACUGAUGGGCUUGUCGGGGAGGCUGGAGUGUGAGGGUCCAAAUCGUCACCUGUACGACUUCACUGGCACCUUACGGCUGGACAACCAAAAUCCAGCUCCCUUGGGCCCAGACCAGGUGCUGCUGCGAGGUGCACAGCUCAGGAACACCCAGUGGGUUGUGGGAAUUGUAGUCUACACAGGACAUGACUCCAAGCUCAUGCAGAACUCAACGAAAGCCCCUUUGAAGAGAUCCAAUGUAGAGCGUGUGACCAACGUGCAGAUCCUGGUGCUAUUCGGCAUCCUCCUGGUGAUGGCGUUGGUGAGCUCAGUGGGUGCUGCCAUAUGGAACAAACAGCACACCGAUGAAGCCUGCUGGUACCUGUCGCGAGCGGGUGACAUCUCCACUAACUUCUGGUACAACCUGUUGACCUUCAUCAUCCUCUACAACAACCUGAUCCCCAUCAGCCUGCUGGUCACUCUGGAGGUUGUUCGCUUCACUCAGGCUCUCUUCAUCAACUGGGAUACGGAGAUGUACUAUGCAGAAACAGACACUCCCGCCAUGGCGCGAACGUCCAAUCUGAACGAGGAGCUGGGUCAGGUGAAGUACCUUUUCUCGGACAAAACGGGGACCCUCACAUGCAACGUCAUGCACUUCAAGAAGUGCACUAUUGCUGGCAUUACCUACGGGCACUUUCCGGACCAGGACUGUGAGCGCUCCAUGGAGGACUUCAGCCACCUCCCUUCCAGCAGCCACAACUCUGCAGAUUUCGACGACCCGACACUAAUCCAGAACAUAGAGAAGAACCACCCCACAUCACCCCAGAUAUGUGAAUUUCUAACUAUGAUGGCCGUCUGCCAUACUGUUGUUCCGGAGCGCAACGAAGACCAGAUUGUCUACCAGGCUUCAUCUCCAGAUGAAGGUGCACUGGUGAAAGGGGCCAAGAGUCUGGGCUUCAUCUUCACUGCAAGGACACCGCACUCUGUCAUCAUUGAUACGCGGGGAAAGGAGCAGAGCUACGAGCUGCUCAAUGUGCUGGAAUUUUCCAGCAAUCGGAAGCGUAUGUCUGUGAUUGUGAGAACGCCAACAGGGAAGCUGCGGCUGUAUUGCAAGGGGGCGGACAAUGUGAUUUUUGAACGCCUGUCUCCAGACUCACAGUACAAAGAGAUCACUGUGUCACACCUGGAGCAGUUUGCCACAGAAGGUCUGAGAACUCUGUGCUUUGCAUACGUGGACCUCGAGGAAGAGGAGUACCAGUCGUGGCUCACAGUGUACAGUCAGACCAGCACGGUUCUCAAGGACCGGCCACAAAAGCUGGAGGAGUGCUACGAGCAGAUAGAGAAGAACCUGCUGCUGCUUGGGGCCACAGCGAUAGAGGACCGUCUGCAGACCGGAGUCCCCGAGACCAUAGCCACUCUGAUGAAGGCCCAGAUCCGCAUCUGGGUGCUCACCGGAGACAAGCAGGAGACGGCCAUCAACAUCGGGUACUCCUGUCGCUUGGUGUCACAUGGCAUGUCGCUCAUCAUCGUCAAUGAGGACUCCCUCGAUGCGACACGUGCCACUCUGACUGCGCACUGCGCCUCUCUGGGCGACUCUCUGGGCCAGGAGAAUGAGCUGGCCCUCAUCAUCGAUGGGCAAACGCUCAAGUACGCGCUGUCCUUCGAUGUGCGUCAGUCCUUCCUUGACCUGGCGCUGUCCUGUAAAGCUGUCAUCUGCUGCAGGGUGUCUCCGUUACAGAAGUCGGAGAUCGUGGACAUGGUGAAGACGCACGUGAACGCCAUUACCCUGGCGAUCGGCGACGGGGCUAACGACGUGGGCAUGAUCCAGACGGCACAUGUAGGCGUGGGAAUUAGUGGCAACGAGGGAAUGCAGGCGACAAAUUCCUCCGACUACUCCAUUGCCCAGUUUUCCUACCUAGAGAAGCUGCUGCUGGUCCACGGAUCAUGGAGCUACACGCGGGUCACAAAGUGUAUCCUCUACUGCUUCUACAAAAACGUGGUGCUGUACAUCAUUGAGCUGUGGUUUGCAUUUGUCAACGGCUUCUCUGGGCAGAUCCUGUUUGAACGCUGGUGCAUUGGCCUGUAUAACGUGAUUUUCACAGCGCUGCCUCCCUUCACUCUGGGGAUAUUUGACCGACCCUGCAGCCAGCAGAACAUGUUGCGCUUCCCGCAGCUCUAUCGCAUCACCCAGAAUGCAGACGGCUUCAACACUAAGGUGUUUUGGGGUCACUGUAUCAAUGCUCUGAUCCACUCCGUAAUUCUCUUCUGGUUUCCACUUAAAGUUCUGGAGCACGACAAUGUGUUCGGUAGCGGCCACAGCGUAGACUACCUGUUCGUGGGCAACAUCGUCUACACGUAUGUGGUGGUCACUGUGUGUCUGAAGGCCGGAAUGGAGACCACUGCUUGGACAAGAUUCAGCCACCUGGCCGUUUGGGGCAGCAUGAUCCUGUGGAUUCUCUUUUUUGCUGUUUACUCUGCCAUCUGGCCCUCCAUCCCCAUUGCUCCAGAUAUGCUGGGACAGGCCGGAAGGGUAAUGCAGUGCUGGAGCUUUUGGCUCGGGCUGAUUCUGAUUCCACUGGUGUGUCUGCUGAAGGACGUGGCCUGGAAUGCUGGGCGCCGUACGUUACGCAAGACUUUGUUGGAGGAAGUGCAGGAGCUGGAGGCUCGAGCCGUGGACCCCGGGGCGGCCGUGCUGAGAGACGCCAGCGGCCGGAGCUUGAAUGAGCGUGCCCACUUGCUGACUCGUGUCUUUAGGAAAACGCCCUCCAAUCUUGUGCGCUCAAACUCUGUGCAGCAGACCGUAUCACAUGGCUAUGCUUUCUCCCAAGAGGAGCACGGGGUAGUGUCACAAUCCCAGGUGGUGCGUUCUUACGACACCACCCGCCAACGCGCUCACGUGUAGCUCGACCCCCACAGGCUCCGCCCCUCUGCAGCAGGAUCUACGACUGCUGGGGCGUAUCGGCUUCGGGUCGGCGCCGUGUCAGGGACACAAUGCGAGCCGGUGACACUCGCUGCAGUGGCCUUACCAGAACUCUUAUGUUACAUGCAGUUGACCUUGGCGCACUGGGCAUGGCAUGCUAGGCACACUGGCUGGAGGAGGCAUGGAGGGGCCUGGUCCUCCAACAGCAUCUGUCUGCCUCUCUCCGUUUCUCUGUCGUCACGGAGACCACCCAGACCUGAGCUCACGACUAGACUGAGGGUCUGUGUUGUAGCUUGUCUCCCGUUGGACACGCAGUAGUGUGUACUUGUCUGUGUGACUGUUGGUUUUCAUUGGGGAAAAGCUGAAUGCGUGCGUGCGUGUGUGUGUGGAAGACACUGUCUGCAGUCGCCUUGCUGGUGCUCUCACUUCUCACUCUCCUGAGCCAGAGGUUUAACGCAUCACUCAUCGCCGUGGUGACGGUGGGGGUGGGGUGGCAGGGGCAUACACAGGCCUGGAAGGAAUUCCUUCCAUGGGGUGUGUGGAGGGGUGGGCACGCUGCCAUGUUCCACACCAGUUCCCUCCAUCAGCGAACAGCACCCGCCCCCACCCUCCACCCCCCACUCGCUCUUAACGCCACCGUGCUUCCCUGUCAGCCUGCCAAAGAACACAGGAAGUCUUUCUGAGUGGAAGCCAGGACAGCUGUGUGUAGCUGUGGGCAGUCAGUCCUGCGUUGCUCUGUUGUGCAGGACAUGCAGUCGCCAGGACCCCCCAGAUGUGCCUCCUCUCGCACGUCUACCUUCCACAUGCUGCCCUCCAUGUCUCUGUUGUGACACGUUUUUUUUGCCGCUUCCUAAUCUCCUGCUGACUCCAUGUGCAACGGAGAAGAGCAUGUAGCCACGCCCCCUAGUGUGGCCACACCCCUCCUGUGUGGCCACACCCCUUGUAGAUCUCCUGCUCUCUUUAACCUGCUCAAUAAAAUGGAAUUGUGUUCUGU